AUGAAAUUUGUGAGAGAAAGAAGGGGCGGCGAGAGGAGACGGACGAUCGUGACUAAAGAAGAAGAAGGAAAUCUGUUUUCAGUUAAAGGGGGCAUCAAACACGAUCAUAAUACAUACAUGGAAAAAUUACUAAUAAUAUAUAAAAAUUCAGUUCAAAGUGCAUAUAAGUUCUUGCAAGAAUCUAAGGGUGCUUGGUGCCGGGAGGCCAAUACUGAUUUUUGGAAGCGGCUUUGGUCCUUAAAAAUUCCUCCUAAGAUCAGUAAUUUUUUACGGCGAGCUGCUUCGGGUGUGCUUCCAACAUGUUUUCAACUCCAAAAGCAUUAUGUUACUGUCAAUGCUGACUGCCCUUUGUGCAACUCUAGUACUGAAACUAUUCAACAUGCGUUGGUGGAAUGCUCGGUUGCAAAGGCUGGUUGGCAUCGCAGCAUAGUGGACGUCGGGGCUGGGACUGCAACGUUCAACAGCUGGUUGUUGGGAAUUUUCACCAGGAGGCACGAAGUUGAAAUGGAGGAAGCAUCGAUGGUGAGUUGGGCUAUUUGGCGUGCGCGGAAUGACAUUGUUUGGCAAAAGAAGAGUUAG